UUCAAGAUACUGAGUUUGAUACAUAGAAAGCAACUGCCACUUUCUGCUGCAGCUAGAUAUGUACCAGCAAGCAGAUCCAUAUAGUUGAUAACUAAAUUUCUAUAUAUACAAUGACUAAUCCCCUUGACUCUUCAGCAAAUCAACCUCCAAGAACUCCCGAGCUCCAUCCCUCCCGACUCUCUCAAAAUGUCACCAACUUUCCAGGAUUUUCCCGGAAACUCUCCCUCAAGAAAAUUGCUUCUGUUCGACCAGAUUAACCAACAACAGCCGCCACCAACGGCCGCUGCUCCCCCUUCGAAUUAUCCUGGAACCAACAGAAGCUUUGACCCCAGUGUGGUGAUGGUCAUGUCAGUCCUCCUGUGUGCCUUAAUUUGCGCUCUUGGAUUGAAUUUUCUCAUCAGGUGUAUAAUAAAACGCUCAGGAUUUGCUGCCUUUGGCAAUUUCGAUUCCACAGCCACUUCCUCAGCCAAAAUUCCCAACACAGGAAUCAAAAAGAAGGCCCUGAAAACUUUUCCUGUGGUGAAGUACUCAGCGGAGGUGAAUCUUCCAGGAUUGGACUCAGAAUGUGUUAUAUGCCUGUCGGAAUUUGUUCCUGGAGAGCGUGUGCUCCUCCUGCCGAAAUGCAACCAUGGAUUCCACAUCCGCUGCAUCGAUAAGUGGCUAACGUCUCAUUCUUCUUGCCCCAAAUGCAGGCACUGCCUGAUUGAAACUUGCCAGAAGAUAUUGGGGUGUAGCCAGUCGGGAGGCCCGUCAGGAUCCACGGUUGCGCAUACGCCAUCUGUGCAGGAAACAGUUGUGAGCAUCAGGCCCUUGGAACCGGAAGGAGUGUUAUGCUAAGUUUGAAGAUUGAUUGGUUUAAUUAAUUUGGUCAUAUUGUUUCAAAAUGAUAAAGAAAUGCAAUUUUCUUGGUAACUAA